CUCAUGGAGUUCGUUAUACUACACUACAGUUGCGUGGACCAGCCAGAGAGUGGUGGAGAGUGUAUACGAGUUCCAGACCAGUUGGGUCACCCCAGAUGACUUGGGAUGAGUUUGCUAGUGCCUUUUAUGACCGUUUCAUCCCCUGGAGUGUGAAGGAAGAGAGCCGAUUACGGUUUGAGAAUUUGAGGCAGGAAGGACUUACAGUUGCUGAAUAUGAGACUCGUUUCUACCAGCUGUCCAGACAUGCCAUGGCUGUCCUUCCUGAUGAGACAGAGCGGAUUCGCAGAUUUGUGCGAGGACUGAACUAUACUAUUCGUACAGCAGUUUUUCGACCGGCCCGUGAGGGUGCUUCUUUCCAGUCCAUUGUGGGUGCUGCCAAGGAGGCGGAGUUGAUGGAGAGAGAGGAGUUCGGGGACCCCAAGAGGGCCCGUGCUUCUGGUCAGUUUUCGGGUACCUCAUCUGGAGGUAGAGGGUCCUAUAGAGGAGGUGGUUCCUUUCAGCGUAGAGGGCCAGUUCAUGCAUCUAUGCCAGCUUCUGAGGAUGGUCAGACACCUCGUGGGUCAUAUAGUACAGGUCAGAGUUACCAGGGGUCGCAACAGAGGCAGAUGAGUCGGGGUAGUUAUACAAGUUCUGCAGGUUCAUCGCAGAGGUUUUCGCAUGGGAGAGUAUGUUAUACUUGUGGUGAUCCAGAUCAUCUUUCAUGGCAGUGUACAUCUCAGGGUCGAGGAGGAACCCAGCCUAGUUCUUCAGUUUUAGUUAGAGGAUCAGCACCGCCGGUCAGAGGUCGAGGUAGAGCCCAGGCUAGUAGAGGUGGUCGCACUCCUGGUAGGGGUGCUAGUGGUGCUAUAGUCCCUCAGGGAGGAGGUAGAGGUGUUGGGCAGGUCGGAGGUGGUAGGGGAGCUCAGUGUUAUGCUUUUCAAGGGAGACCCGAGGCUGAGGCUUCUGACGCCGUUAUCACAGGUAUUGUCCCAGUCUGUCAUCGACCUGCAUCUGUAUUAUUUGAUCCCGGAUCUACAUUUUCCUAUGUGUCUGCCUAUUUUGCAUCUAACUUUGAUUUGACAUGUGAUCGUAUGUCCGUGCCCGUUCAUGUUUCUACACCCGUGGGUGAACCCUUAGUGGUGGAUCGAGUAUAUCGAUCCUGUCUUGUUUCCUUGGCCGGGUAUGAUACUUGGGUAGAUAUGAUUAUUCUGGGGAUGGUAGAUUUUGAUGUGAUAUUGGGUAUGGAUUGGCUUUCUCCCCAUCAUGCUAUUCUCGAUUGUUAUGCAAAAACUGUUACCUUAGCGAUACCUGGUGCCCCGCGGAUUGAGUGGAAGGGUACUAGUGGCUCCUAUCCCGGUAAGGUUAUCUCAUAUAUUCGUGCUCAGAGGUUGAUUGAUAGAGGGUGUAUGUCUUAUUUGGCCUUUAUUCGGGAUACCAGUAUUGAGUCACCUCCUAUAGAUACUGUUCUAGUGGUUAAGGAGUUUUCUGAUGUAUUUCCUACUGAUCUUCCUGGUAUUCCUCCGGAUAGGGAUAUUGACUUUGCUAUUGACUUAGAGCCUGGCACUAAACCCAUUUCUAUUCCUCCAUAUCGCAUGGCUCCAGUUGAAUUGAAGGAGUUGAAGGAUCAGUUGCAAGACUUGUUGAGUAAGGGGUUUAUUCGCCCUAGUGUAUCUCCUUGGGGUGCACCAGUUCUGUUUGUAAAGAAGAAAGAUGGGACUAUGAGGAUGUGUAUCGAUUACAGACAGUUGAAUAAGGUAACUGUUAAAAAUAAGUAUCCUCUUCCCCGUAUUGAUGAUUUAUUUGAUCAGCUACAGGGAGCGGCAUUGUUUUCCAAAAUAGACUUGAGGUCCGGUUAUCAUCAGUUGAAGAUUAGGGCGUCAGAUAUCCCUAAGACAGCUUUUCGGACUCGUUAUGGUCACUACGAGUUUUUGGUGAUGUCAUUUGGGUUGACAAAUGCCCCUGCAGCAUUCAUGGAGUUGAUGAAUGGAGUGUUUCGCCCAUACUUAGACUCUUUUGUGAUAGUAUUCAUUGAUGACAUCUUGGUGUAUUCCAAAACUGAGGCAGAUCAUGUCCGUCAUUUGAGGUUGGUAUUUCAGAAAUUGAGGGAAGAAAAGUUGUAUGCAAAGUUCUCCAAGUGUGAAUUUUGGCUUGAUUCUGUUACAUUUUUAGGACACGUGGUGUCCAAAGAGGGGAUUAGAGUGGAUCCAGCUAAGAUUGAGGCAGUUAGAGGUUGGACAAGGCCUACUUCUCCUACUGAGAUUCGUAGUUUUGUGGGGUUAGCUGGUUAUUAUAGACGGUUCGUGCAUGGAUUCUCCACUAUUGCAGCUCCACUGACUAGAUUGACUCAGAAGGCCGUGGAUUUUCAUUGGUCCGAUGAAUGUGAGGCGAGCUUCCAAAAGCUCAAGACUUUAUUGACUUCGGCUCCUAUUUUGACGCUACCCGAGGAAGGUGUGGGAUUUACUGUAUACUGCGAUGCUUCUGGCAUUGGGUUAGGCGGUGUGUUGAUGCAAAAGGGAAAAGUGGUUGCUUAUGCCUCGAGACAGUUGAAGGCCCAUGAGAAAAACUAUCCUACUCAUGAUUUGGAGUUAGCGGCUGUGGUUUUCGUGCUUAAGUUAUGGCGUCAUUACCUAUACGGUGUGCAUUGCGAGGUCUUCACCGAAUUUCAGAGAAUGGUGGUGUUCUUGCCUUUAUGGAGGCACGUUCUUCCUUGA